AUGGGAGGCGGUUGGCGGCGGUGGGAAGCUCGUGGAGGCGGUCGGCGCGGAGGCAAUUGCUGCGCUGUCGCGGUGGUGGUGGCGGAGGCGGAGGUGGCGUGCGGAGACGAAGCUGUGCGAUACGGUGAGGAUCUGUCGCAGUGGUUGCGGCUGCAAGGGCACUGUCCCUGCAACGGUGCGGUGGCUGCAGCGGCAACGCCGCCGUACUGGUGGCGGUGCGAUGGCUACGACGGUGUGCGAAGAAGAAGAAGAAGAAUGGUGUCAAUUUCGGGGUCCACUGGUGGGAGUAAAUUACCAACUGGUGAUUUGAACUUGCUAGAAUUCCCUCUGAAUUUGGAGUACUUGGAAGCUGAGUUCUUCUUGUGGGGUGCAUUCGGGUAUGGGUUGGAUAAGUUGGCUCCCAAUCUAAGUUCCAACGGUCCAUCCCCGGUUGGUGCAAAAGCGGCGAAGCUAAGUCCCCUUGUUAAGGAUAUUAUUGCCCAAUUCGGUUAUCAAGAAGUUGGACACUUGAGGGCUAUUAAGAAAACUGUACCAGGAUUUCCAAGGCCGCUACUAAACCUAAGCACCGAGGCAUUUGCAAGCGUUGUAAACGAUGCAUUCGGAAAAGCUUUGAACCCAGCUUUUGAUCCCUAUGCAAAUGACAUCAACUAUCUUAUUGCAUCUUACCUUGUUCCGUACGUUGGACUCACUGGAUAUGUUGGAGCAAAUGCCAAGCUCAGCAGCCAAACUGCCAAAAGGUUGGUUGCGGGACUACUGGGCGUGGAAUCAGGGCAAGAUGCAGUGCUAAGAACACUGUUAUACGAGCAUGCAAAAGAAGAGGUGGCGCCCUACGGAAUCACCGUGGCGGAGUUCACCAACCGCUUCUCAGACCUGAGGAACAACUUGGGCAACAAAGGAUUCAUAAAAGAUGAAGGCUUGAUCGUUAAAGAAAGAGAAGGCGCCGAGGGAAAAAUUUCCGGCAACAUUUUGGCCGGCGACGAGUACUCAGUCGCAUACGACCGGUCGCCGGAGGAGAUACUGAGAAUUGUGUAUGGGAGUGGAGAGGAAAGGAAGCCUGGUGGUUUCUUCCCUAAAGGAGCGCAUGGCAAGAUUGCUGAGUCAUAUCUUUAA